CCCCACUUCUUCCCAAGAGCAUGUGGGGCCAGGGCUGUCUGCAGGCAGUGCCAUGCCCCUUCCCUCUGGGCUCAGACGUGUCGUAAGAUGACCUGUGUUGUGUGGGCCAGGGGCCGGUGCUGCUCGGCCAGGCCCUGUGGUUCCUGCUCGGAGAGGGAGCACCGGAGCUAUGCUGCAAUGGCCCAUUACAUCAGCCAGUGUCACCAUGCAGACAUGGGGCAAGCUGGGCCCCCAACCCCAGCCUCUCGCGGGCCCUGCAAAGCCCCAUGGCACAGGAGAGCCAUGGCCAGAGGCAAACCCCGGCCCUUGUCACACGGGGCUGGGCCCAGUGACACCUGCCGAAGGCCUGGGGCGCUGAGGGGUGCUUGUGCUGGCCUCACUCAAGUUGCUCGGGGCUGGAAGGACAGCCUGGGGCUCUGGCCGACCCUCUGCUGCGGGCCGUGUCCGGUGCCAUCGCUGGCUGCGGAGGAGCUGGGCAGCGGGGCACCGUCUCCAGGCUUAGCUGCCUGAACCCAGCAGGCUGCUGCUGCCUCUGCCAUGCUCGUUCGGCCCCGCUGGUCUCCCUGGGGGCCGUUGCUCCCCUGCGCUGCCUGCCCCUCACCCCACGCACCACAAAGGGGAAGUUAGCGAGAAAGGAAGUCUCCCCGCGCACUCACUCCACUGCAGCGGCCACCACUCCCCAUUACCGGCACCGCUGCCCUCCGCAUAUACCCCUGCCAGGCCGGGCUGGGCCCAUGGAGACCCCCGUGAAGGCCGGGAUCCUCUAUGUCCAGUACUUCAAAUUUGGAAAGAAGCUCUGGAGGAAGGUGUGGGCCCAGCUCUUUGCCACCGGCCCCUGGGGCGUUGCCCGGCUGGAGACGUGUGAUGCGCGGGACAACGGCUCCGGGCCAGAGAAGACGUCCCUGCGGAAGUGUGAGCGCCGGGUCAUCCGGCUCGCAGACUGCGUCUCUGUGGGGCCGGCUGACGCCCCCAGCUGCCCCAAGGACACGGCUGCCUUCUACCUGAACACCAUCGAGAAGAGCCACGUGCUGGCAGCCGAGCGGCGGGACGAGUGGAUAGCACAGCUCUGCCAGCUGGCCUUCCAGUGCACUAACGAGCCAGCGCCUGGCAGCACCAGGGACCCCCCCGGGCCCGAUCUCCAUGUGGAGGAAAACACCCUCUACGCAUCCUGGCAGGACCUGAAUGAGUUCCUGGUGCUGGUGAACAGGACGGACGCCUCAGCCAGGUGCGGCCUGAGUGGUCACUACCUGCUGGCUGCCUUGCCCAAGGGGCUCGUGCUGAAGACCCGCCAGUCCCGCCAGACCCUCCUCACCUGGCCCUACCCCUUCCUGCGCAAAUUCGGCCACGACAAGGCCCUGUUCUCCUUCGAGGCCGGCCGCCGCUGCGACUCCGGCGAGGGCAUCUUCACCUGGGCCACCAGCCGGGCUGCUGAGCUGUGCAACCUCGUCUCCGCAGCCAUCGCCCACCAGAGCAGCAGCUUCCUGGACAGGAACAGCACCCAUGCACCGGAGCCUCUGAGCUCCAGGCAGGGAACGGAGCCCAGGCUCUGGAGCUCCCAGAGCCUGGAGGAAGCGCUGCCCACCUGGGCCCUAGAGGGUGCAGGGAGGCCGCCCUUCCCUGCGGGGCUCUGUCCAGAGAGCGGACAGGCCCUGCCCUGCACCCUGGAGCUGGGAGGCCGUGCGGGGACAGGAGCUGAGCCCCCCAUCGUCUAUGCCUCCAUCCACAGAGGCCUGCAGCCCUCGCUCAAGCCCUGGGGCGAGGCCAAGGUGGAGCAGGGAGUGGCCAGGGCGUCCCGGGGUCAGGGGCUCCCAGUUUCGGAGCAUCUCUACGAGAACCUCUGCGCCCUGGGGCGCUCCUGCUCCAUGGAGGAGGGGCCCUCAUGCCUGGGCUCCAGGGGCUCCCCGGAAGGGAGCAGCAUUGACCUGGCCCCCACCUACGACAACAGCUGCAUGGUGUCCAAGCGCUGGAGCAGCCCCCUGGCUCCCAGCACGGGGCCCAGCCCCUCCCUGGAGGCCCAGUACAGGCGGCUGCUGGACCAGGAUGGGCAGGAGCGAGGCGAGGAGGAGGAGGGGGAGGAGGAUGCCCUCGUCAGCUCCCUCCCCAGGGCCAGACCUAACAGUGGCUUCAGGAAGUUAGUCACUCUCCUCAGCCGAGAGGUAGCCCCCAAGGUGCCUGGCAAAAGCUCCAGUGCCCUGGACAAGGCCUAG